AUGGUGUUAUAUAAACGUAAACCUAUUAUUUUACCUGAUCCGAAACCUUUACCGUUAGAUUUGAAUGUCAAUGUAUGGCAUAUCGAUGAAACUGGUGAAUGGUUUCUCACGUAUCGAGAGUUUUUAGAGAGAAUGGAUUUUUAUACCAGACAUUAUUUUACUUGUGAAAUUACUGGUACUUCGUGUUUAACUUUUUUCCAAGCUUUAGACAGUGAGGAAUCCCAAUUUAAAUAUGUCGAAGAACGAUUUCCAAUAAAGUUGAGAGAACCUGUUGCAAGAUUCUUACACUUUAACAGUGUCAAGAGACUGGAUGCGUUGGUCGAAAGCGUAUAUGCAAGAUUUAAAAAUGAUUUCUUUCCUGGUGAAGUAGUGUUUUUAAGGAAAAAUAAAGAUUCAAAUGUAAAUUCUCAUCAGACUACCCCUGCACCGGAAGAAUCGAUAUCGAGUGUCCCAAUCACUUCCACUGUGUCAAUGGACAAUUCUUAUCCACAGUUUCAAAAACCGUAUAUUAUAAAAGAAAAGGCUCAGUUCAAUGCCGCUAUUGAUUCAAAUACCGGCGAAAUUAUCGUACCUGCUUAUGCAAAAUAUAUGUUAAUUGAAGAGAGCAAUGUUCAUAGCUCGUUGAUAGCAGACCAAACACAGAUUUAUAGAGAUAGAUCAUCGUUCACUAAACAUUUGAUUAAAUGUUUUUGUAAAAUUACAUUAACUAGAGCUUCUUCCAAAAUGGGUGCACCAUGGUGCGUAAAAGAAGAAUAUUUACCAAUUUAUGGAUUGACCAUGGAGUGGCCAAUAGAUAUGCUGAAAUAUAAAGAAGAUGAGCCAAAACCCGAAGAAAAAACGAAUAAUAAUAAUAAUAAAAGAUCUCGUUCACACGCAAUUGAAGAGAAUCAACAAAUUCCUCAAGAUCAAUAUGUACAAAAUGAAUCUCUACAAGAUCAAUCAUCAGAGUUGACUAACGACGAUUCUGAUGGGAAGAAAAAAGAUAGCGAAGAGAAACCAUCGAAAAAGAAGAAGAAAACUGAUGAUGAAAUUAAAAAGGAAGAAGAUGAGGUUGCUGUAGAAGAAGCUGCUGCAUCUUCUGCUCCAAUUACUGUUAUUAUGGAAGAUUUACUUUUGCCAUAUCAGGGCUCUCCACAUAUUUUUGAACGUUUGACAUCUUAUAAUAAUCUAUUGGAAGAAUUACCUCUUUCUGAAAAUGUGAUGAAACCAUUCAAAAAUUUUGAAAAAUUAUUACAAGUUUAUCAAUUUUUUGCGACCUUUGGUAGAAAAAUAUACAUUUCUGAGUUUAACCUAGAUCAAUUCAUAACAACUUUAAAAUGCACAGAUCCUUAUGAAAUGAAAGGUGAAGUUGUAUAUGUUGAAUAUCACGAAACUCCAGUAGAAAAUGAUCUUGAUGAAAGUUCAGAAAGUGAUUGGGUGAGAAAUCCUGAAUCCAGAAAUCUAAUUAAGUUACAAAAGAAUGAUAGAAUAACGUAUAAAAUUCAAAAAGAUGAACCUGCAAGUGAUGAAGUUCUAGAUAAUAUAAACAACAAUGGUACUGCGCUAAUUAUAGAAUUAUUUGUUUCAUUAUUACGUUUAUUCAUGGAUGAAAAUGGUGACUGGGUCACACUAGUCACUGAAGAAUGGAUUGAAGAAGAUAAACUUAAAGAUAUUAAAACAGGUGAAGAUAAUUCGAAAGAAGAUGGAAUAAAAGAAGAGGAUGACAGUGAAGACAUAAAUAGCAAAGAAAUUAAAGUCGAAGAAGAUACAGCAGGCGAAGAAGAAAAUGAAGGUAGUACAGGUGAUUUAGACGCCAAAUUAGAGAAGUGUCUAAAUUAUCGUAAUGUGAAUUGGGCUGAAAGAUUGGCAAAAAGACAAUUUAAUAACAACUUUUGGCUCUUAAUUUUACUCGGUAUCCUUCAAGACAGUAUGCAUAUUCCAACAUACACAGAUAUUGUACAUAAUUUUACAGAAAAGGUAAUACCAGAAGAAAUUUCGGCUAGUCAAUUACCAAAGCAAAUGUGGAAAAAUUUCUGCCGUAAUCUAACAUUAGAUGAAAAGUUAGAUAUAUUAUGGAUAUUGGUUGAUUUAUCUUGCAAUUAUUCGCCUGAUAUCAAGAAUGCAAUUGAAGAAUCGUUAGAAUUAUGUGGUCAACUACGUAGUGAAAGGUUUAAGAUUUCGAAAGAUGUUAAAACCGAACAAAAUCAAUUGUCCAUGUUGUUAAUAGAAUUGUCACAAUUAAAUCAAGUUGAAUCAAAUCCCGAGAUCGAACAGAGAAAAACAGAACUAGAACAGAAAAUUGAAGAACAAAAACAAAAAGUUGAUGGUAUUCUUAUGGAUAAAUCAUUUUUAGAGAUGAAAUUAUUAGAAAAUGAUAUUCAAAGAUUAAAGCCGUUAGGAAUGGAUAGAUAUGGUAAUUUGUAUUUCUGGCUCGAAUUAAAUGGUAUUCAUAAAAAGGAGUCAAGUGAACAAGAUAGCACCGAAGAAAUCAACUAUCACUCUGGUAGGUUAUGGGUAAGAGGACCAAAUCCAGAAGUAGCAAAAAUUAUUUUGCAUGUGACAGAUGAACAAUUAGAUAAUUGGAGGAAUAUAUAUAUUGAAAGAGGAAGUGCGGCUGCAACUUUAGAGGUUUUCAAUAUUGGUAAAGAAAAAGAUGGAUCUUAUUGUUAUGUAGAUGGAGAUGUGAGAGCUAAAUUAGUUGAUGAAAACGGAGUGCUAAAUUCCCUUGUGGAACUGACUCCAAUACAGAGAAAGAUUAUUGAUGAGACCCCAUCUAGAUUAUUAUUAAGUGAUACACAAUGGUAUUCAUUUGAUGAUUAUGAGGAUGUUAAGAGCCUAAUGACUUGGUUGGAUACAUGGGGUCGUAGGGAACACGAUUUAUUGAGGCAAUUUAGACCAAUUGAAUCAAUCUUUGAGGAUAGUUUUAUUUUAAAGAAUAAAGUGAUCAACAAUAAAGGGUUCCAACAACGUGAGUCAUCAUUAUUGAAAGAGUUUAAAGAAAAUGAACUAACUGAGUCUGAAUUAAAUCCUGUAGAUGAAGGUGGCGAGCAUAGUUCUUCAUCUGAUCAAAAUGACGAUUCUAAGGAUGAAACUGAAUUAGAAGACAUUGUAGAGGAAAUCAUGAAACUUGAUGAUUGUUCAAAGACCAGACAAAUUUUAAACCAAAUUCAGGAAUUGGAAAGUCGUAGAGAUCAAAUUCUAGAGAAGAUACAGGCAAGGGAAAAUUCACAAAGACCAGGGGCCAGAGUACAAUUGAGAGCCGAAAAGAAGCGUAUCAAGACUACUCGUGAAAGUAAAAUAGAAAAACAAUCUGAAAUAUUAACAGAUUUAUUAAACCUAAGGCACUUCCAAGCUAUGGAAGAUGUAAUUAAAUGGAAGAAUACAUUGGCGAAUAAAGUGUGGGGGACUGCAUUACGUAAAAAUGCAUCUGGAGGUAAGAAAACAAACAUAAUUGAUACCGUUGAGUCGAGAUUUAAAGAAAUCUUGGAUCGAACUUCAAGAACUUCCAGCAUAUCUGUAACAAAUUAA